GUGGGACCACUUAUCCCUUUUUUUAAUUGGAAACUUGUAAGGCCUCUACUUGUCCCCUUGUUUUAAUUGGAAACUUGCAAGGGCUUCUGGCUCAUUUUUCUCCAUCUCUCCAGCGUACCAACCAAAGGCCCCUAAAUAGUGUGAGCAAGGGGUUUUUUUGUGCUCUGAUAUAUUCAUCAGUUAAUCACCGCGGCGGCGCGUCAAGCCUCUUUUGCUGCCACACUUACCACACAGGAAUGGGAGCUGAUGGGUUUAUAGUGGAUCAGAUUCCUUCUGGAACGACGUCUGAAUCUAUUGAAGCCUUGCUUGAGGCUGCCAGGUAUGAUGAUUUGGAUGAUGUCAUGAGCUUAGCAUCUUCUGGUGUUUCUCUUGGUUCAAAGGAUUCUGAGGGCCGAACAGCACUUCAUAUGGCUUCAGCAAAUGGGCAUCGUAGCAUCGUAGAAUAUCUUAUUCGUAAUGGAGCGGAUGUAAAUGCUUCCAAUGUGGAGAAAAAUACACCUCUUCAUUGGGCUUGCCUAAACGGACAUAUUGAGGUAGUGAAGAGCUUAAUCCUUGCUGGUGCCAAUGUCUCAGCCUUGAAUAGCCAUGAGAGGACUCCAAUCGACGAGGUUGUGACUAGGGGUAAAAUGAACAUCAUCGAUGCUAUCAACGAGGCAGUAGCACGACUUGAACUCGCUGGCACAACGGUAUCGUAAGAAAGUCAAAUUUUAUGGCACCAUCUUGUGCAUUUUUCAUGCGAGGACGCAAAAGUCUUACUGGUGGUUACUAUGUUCGAUGUUUCCUAGUAACUUAAAAUAGCCUCUUACAAGUAUUAUUAAAAAUUUGAACUUCAAUGUUAUCUGAUAUCAGUUUGGUGACUGAGUUGACAAUGGCUAAUGAUGCGUACUCCAAUAUGGACAGAUUUUCUUUCAUUAGUUUUGUAACUUAAAAGGUGGAUCCUUGGCAAAGCAACUAUUAUUUGAUUAUGAGCUCUUGCACAAUUUGUUCCUAA